UUGCAAUUGCAACCGUAGUUUUAGGUGCUCCUCUAGUUCCUCGAAGAGGUAGCCAUGGAACCUUAGUGUGUUCUCAACAACAUACCUUAAUUAAGCGAGCUGACAUACCAUUUGAAGAGCGAUGUCCUGAAGAAUACCCUACAUACUUAGCUUCCCAAUGCUCCUUAGAUGAACCAAACUUAAUGUUGAUAAAUUGUAUAAGAGAUGAUGAUCCAGAUCACCCUUUUGACACGGACUAUACUUGUGAAGCUGAUGAAAUUUGUAUAGACCGCACUGAAUUUCCAGAAACCCCACAUGCUUUUUGUAUUAAACAAAAAUGUAGUGUACCGUUCGAUAAUUUUAAAGCACCUGAUCAAGAUAGUUGUGCAGGACAUAGUUAUAGUGUUUUUCAACCAAUGAGCCUAGUGGUUUCAAUGAUGACGUAUGCAACAAAUAUGAACCCAAUACAAGUAAAUUAUCAGUAUAUAAAUUAUAAUGGUAAUACCUUUUAUUCUGAUCAUAGUGUGAACAAUUACACCAUAGUUAUUGAUAGUUAUAAUGGAGAAAAUAUCGACUUCUGUUUUGACGGAGGCUCCGAUCAGAAAGUACAAGCUUAUGGUGCUGCUUG